AAAUACUCCCCUUAUUACACCAUCCACAGACCACAAUAUCACAAUAGGUAGAGAAAGUUCACACAAAAGUAGUGAGAAAAAAAAAUAUGAAUACUCCAUCAAAGAAAACUGUUACUUCUUCUUCAAAUUCAAAAGAUGAAGCAAUAAUUUUAUCUCAGCAACUGAAAAUGCAAUUUCACGGCACCAUAAAAGGGGAUCUCGAAACCAUAGAUUCAUAUAUCAAAAAAUUAAAAUCCAUAGCUGAUUCUCUAACGGCAAUCGGCAAUCCAAUUUCAGAUCCAGAUUUGGUUUUGCAACUUGUAGCUGGUUUGCCUCGUUCUCCAUACUUGCUCCUCAAAAACACGAUUUCGUCUCAGUUACCUCUUCCGAAUUUCUCAGAGGCUUGUUCCAUGCUUUACGAAUACGAGAAAACAACAUCAACUCCUCCUCCUCCACCUCCAUCCACCGGAGAAAACAGUAAUAGUAAUACUGGUAAGAGUACUCUGGAGAUGAUCCAUGAUAUAGCAAAUACUGUGACGAGUGUUGUUCCGAUAGCAAGCGAAAUUUGUAAUGUGAUAAUUAGACGCUGGUCUGGUAGUGGUUCUUCAGGAACACCAACAAAGGCGACUCCAGGUCCAGGAAAUACGAAAAAAGGAUCUACCGGAGGAAGAGGAAGAGGAAACAAUAACAGAGGCAGAGGCGGAGGCAGAGGAGGAUCUUCUACUCGCAAUUCUACUGGGAAAUAGUAUUACGUAUUGUUAUCAAUGUACUACAAUGAGUGUAUCACACGCGAAUCGUAUAAAUAUACUUAUUCAACUUUAUAUAAGUUUAAGCUAAUUGAAGUCUAAGUUAAAAAAUGUGUUUAUGCAUUAUAGCAAUUGUAGUAUAUUAGCUUGCAGUUGUUGGAGGAAUUCGAUCUAUACAAACUUGUAUUUGUUUACUUAAUUAGAAUUCAGAUAUUGUAAAGCUUGUUGUAAGAGUCUUUACCAGUUGGGUUUAUAGGGCGGUUCAAAAUUGAAUUGGAAUCGAUAA